UGUGUCCUUCAGCACCCCUGCCAUCCUGAGCGCACCGCCAGCUGCUGCUUUAACACAUAGUAACACAACACUACCCUGUUCCUGGCAGACACACAUCAGAGACGAGCUGUUAGGGACAGAAACAACGACCCGAGUUGCUGUAUUCUAAUGUUUCAUUUUCCAUGGUGUCCACUGUCAUUUACGCACACAAAAAACUAUUGCCAUUGGGUACCACUGUGAAGAGAAAGGUCUGGUCACACAUGUAGCCUAACACAGAGUGCUUAGACCUCUGGGGUGGACGUGCCUUGUUGUUAGCUGUUUAUCUCCUCCCACCUGGACCUCAGGUCGGAGCUUUGACCCAGCCUCCUCUUCCUCUGAUCAGGACCGUUCUCUUUGGCAGUAUGGGUGAGAAGCGGGGUAGUCCCUUCCAGCUGCUGAACCGCGUGCACAGAGACUGCGAUGGUAGUGGUGGAGGAUCCAAGCCCUUAGAGCAAAAAGGUCAUGACACCACCAGCCUCAUCAACCCGGACCUGGGCACCAUGGACAGUGCUGCUGCUGCUGCUGACAGUACACGCUUCUCUCCUGUUUCACUGGAACUGGACCCCACAGCGGUGAAUAAUGGAUCAGACAUUCCCUGCAGCCCGCAGACGGACACAAAAGACCCAGCGCUGCAGAUCGACAGCCGGCCCUCUACCUGCGGCCCUAACCCUCCUCCUCUCCCUCCAGCUAGCCGGCUGCUCUCCUCCAAGCACUUCCAGAGCCCCUACAUUACGAAGACUAGCAUGCAGGGGGAUGUCUACAACUUCCUAGAGAGACCCACUGGAUUGAGAUGCUUCCUCUACCACUUCUUGGUAUUCCUCAUGGUCCUAGUGUGCCUCAUCUUCAGUGUCCUGUCCACCAUAGAGCACUAUGCCGAUUUCGCCAGCGGAACUCUCUUCUGGAUGGAGAUUGUCCUGGUGCUGUUCUUUGGGACAGAGUACGUGGUGCGGCUCUGGUCCGCCGGCUGCAGGAGCAAAUAUGUGGGGAUCAAGGGACGACUCCGCUUUAUCAGGAAACCCAUAUCUAUCAUUGAUCUGAUAGUGGUUAUUGCCUCAGCCAUAGUGCUGAGUGUAGGUUCCAAUGGCCAGGUGUUCGCCACAUCUGCUAUCAGGGGGAUUCGCUUCCUCCAGAUUCUACGCAUGCUGCACGUGGAUCGUCAAGGAGGAACAUGGAGGCUUCUGGGAUCUGUAGUCUUCCUCCAUCGACAGGAGCUGAUCACCACGCUGUACAUCGGCUUCCUGGGGCUGAUCUUCUCCUCCUACUUUGUGUACCUGGCGGAGAAGGAUGCUGUGGACGAGGAGGGCAAGACUGGCUUCUCCACCUAUGCUGAUGCCCUGUGGUGGGGCGUGGUGACGGUGACCACCAUUGGCUAUGGGGACAAGGUUCCUCAGACGUGGAUAGGGAAGGCCAUCGCCUCCUGCUUCAGUGUCUUCGCCAUCUCCUUCUUCGCUCUUCCUGCAGGUAUACUGGGCUCGGGCUUUGCUCUGAAGGUACAGCAGAAACAGAGACAGAAACAUUUCAACAGACAGAUCCCGGCUGCAGCCUCACUAAUCCAGGCGCUGUGGCGGUGCUAUGUAGCAGAGAAACCAGAAGGCUGUCCUGCCACCUGGAAAAUGUACGUCCUCACCGGAGACUACAUCCCUACCAUGAAUUCUGAAAACGACAGCCCAAACCUCAGAAACAAGAGCAAGCGCCCCAAGAGGAAACUGAAGAUGGUCCGUGACAACGGCUCCCUGACCAUCCCUGGAGAGAAGAGGAUGUAUAUUCCUCAGCUCACCUUCGACCACAUUGAGGAUGAAGACGAGAAGAAAGAGGUCCCCUUGUUUCUGGAAGAACAGCCAGUCAUCACCCGGAUGCUCAGACAAACAGUUAAGAAAAAACUGGACGGCUCUUCCAUGGACAUCUCCCGGAUGAACAGGUUGUGUGAUGACAUGGCCUAUGUCAGCGAGGACAUCCCUUUAACCGUGGUGACAGACACAGCACAGUUGUCUCACGCCCACAAAGCAGCAGUCAAAGUACUCCGGAGAAUGAAGUACUUUGUGGCCAGACAGAAAUUUCAGCAAGCGAGGAAGCCGUACGACGUGAGGGACGUGAUGGAGCAGUACAACCAGGGACACCUCACCAUGAUGGUCCGCAUUAAGGAGCUACAGAGGAGACUAGACCACACAUUGGGGAAACCAGGAAUGUUUUUGCCAGAGAAAGGCGUAGAUAAGGAAUACCACACUAUGGGAGCCAGACUGAUCCGCCUGGAGGACAAGAUAUACCAGAUGGACCAUAAGAUGGAGGCAGUGCUGAAGAUCUUGGUGGACCAGUACAAGCCCAAGGCAGAGCUGCUCCUGAGGGCCCCAGCCCCUCCACCCCAAGCCCCCUACAGCUCCCGCAUCAGCAUCGUGAGACGCCAGAGCAUCGGCGUCAGCUUGGACGAGGGGCGGUGAUGUCACAGUGGACAGAGAGGCGCCAGUGAUGGAACCACCAGGGGCUAGGACCAGGCAUGAGAUAUUAGCUGCUUGGCCAGGAGGGCACAGACUCAAAUAAAGAAAAAGAGAGUACUCCUGUUACUUCAUUAGGAAGGUGGUGUAGUUUGGCUACUCAUACAUGUAGUACCCAAUGCUACACUUUGUCUCAUAACCCCAAAAAAACCUUUAUGUCACUGUCUUUGACCUCUGACCUUAGAAAGAGAAUGUGAACAAGUCAACUCCUGCUUCUGUUCCCCUCUGGUGAAGAGGUGGGCUUGAGGACUUUGAGAGGUAACAUGGCAGCAGUAUACUGACAGCCACAGGCACACAGUCAUGCCGUCCAUCCUCCGUCCCCACAUCAUGGUGAAUGGGGAUACGGGGUUCUCCUCUUCUUCAGAAGUUUUUUUCUCUCUAUCUCCCUUUGUAAUAGCAGCACUAUGAAAACCUGCUGCUGAAACUUCCACAGCAUAGAGUGUAGGGAAAGCACACAUAAUUCCCCUUUAGUUACAUAAGAUUAGCCUGCCACUUUCACUCCUCUGUAAAUAGUCACAUAAGCUAUGCUAAUGUAUUCAACUGUAUUCAUUCAGUGAGGCACAUCAGAGCACUGAUUAUUAUUAUCAUUUCCAAGCAAACCAACACAUUAAUGACAUUAUUAGGAGCACUCACUAAAGACCACAGCAGACCAGAAGUCUAACAGAGGAAUUCUUCAAAUCCUACUGAUGAUCUUGGCACCAUAAAAACCUAAAUACAGCACCACUAUUUCCAUAUGGCCACCAAUUCGUCUCAGCUUACUGUAUUUAGGCCUGGCGUAUGUUUGUAGGUAGUUAUCAAGUGACAUAGAGAAGGACCAGGAGAUGAUCUGUUGACUUUGCCCGGAGUGUGUGUCUGUUAGUGGCUGGGCCUGGGCUGCUGGAGCAGAGUAGAGGGGGGAAAAAGCUCUGCAGGAACUAAUCUGGCGCUGAUUUAUGGCUACGGUUAAGCUAAUAAAAAUAGCAAAACAGCCGUGACAAGGCAGAGUGCAGUAUUACAGAAAUACAGUGAUAGAAAGAACAGUAUGGGGAGUUAUGGUACGGCCUUUUGCAGUUGACUCAACACCCCGUGCCAAGAUUUUCACUCGGAUAUUCCUAUGAACCACUUCACCACCCACCCUUCUUCAUGCUAAAACAUUUUUAUUUUCCUUCUUUGGACUCCAACUGCUGUAUGCAAUUUGAAAUGAAUUUUCCCCAUUAGAGAGCUGAUUAUUUUUCAUUCUCUUUCUAAUUAAGUGCUGAAUUCCUGGUAAGGGGAGAUUGCUCUGUGUGUGAGUUGACUAAUGAAAAUAAAUACUGGAAAAAUGUGUACAAUUUAAACAGUAGGCUUACAUAAUUUAGUGUGAAGGCCCUGAAAUAUCAGGCUACCACAAAGAGAGAGAGAUGUACCAGGCUUUGAUUUCAAAGCCCUUUAAAGCAUUUGAAUAGAAAGAAUGCUUCUCUUUUAGUUUCUCACAUAUUUCUCGACGGCCGGGACACAGCUGGGUAUAGCCAGUAGAAAAUAUUUUUUUAAAUAACCAAGCUAUGAAUGCAAGCCCUUCCAUUAUUAUAGUAUGAGAGAGAGAGAGAGAGAGAGUGACUCUCCACUACUAGUAUAUAUUUUAUUAUUUUGCCGUGGUUGAAGAUUAGUUGUAUGUAUUUUCUAUGAACAGGUUGCUUUUUAAAGCAAGUUUCUUUGACAUAACUGCGCCACAUACAUCUGGCUGACCUGUAUAGUUUUAUAAGAGUUGUGUAUAAUAACAUUGCCUCAUAUUUAUUAUCAUGUGGAACGAUCAACCUGGGAAGUCUCCUGGUCUGUUGAGAGAUGAUGAGAAACAAAGAGUGUUUUAAAACGGAUUGGAAUGACUGUAAAUUAUAUUCACAACCCUCUGUAAAUCUGGUGUAAAUAAAAAUCUAUUUCAUUA